AUGUUUGUAAAACGUCAACCUAAAUAUCACAAUUUAAAAUAUAUAUCAUUAUUCUCAACUCUGACUUGUCUCACUUUUAUUAUGUUCUUUAUUGUUAUUGAAUAUGCGAGUAUAAUUCCAUUAAUCAAAAUAUCAAAAAUAAUAGUGCAUACGGCUUUGACUUCCAUCACAACUUGUCGUCCAUACAUACCACUCGAUAAUCGUCCAUUUUUCGAACGUGAUUAUCCUCAAUCAAAUUUACCUCAACGUAUAUCAAAUGCAUCCUAUGAAAAUAUUCUUCGUCAACUUCCUUCUCUUCGAUUAGUUGUUCUAGGAUGUGCUCGUAAUGUCGUACCAAAUCUUAAUGAAUUUCGAAGUCAUAUUGAACCAAUUAUCAAUCUCUUUCAUUCAUCAUCUCGUAUUAUUAUAUUCGAAAGUGAUUCAAAAGAUAAAACUGCAAAAAAACUUCGUGAAUGGUCUCGUGUAGAACUUCAUACAUAUCGUAGAUUAGCAGGACAGUAUCCAGAACGUACUGAACGACUUGCUCAUUGUCGAAAUGAAUUAAUGGAUAAAGCACAUCUUUUACCAGCUGAUUAUAUUUUUGUUGUUGAUUUAGAUAGAUUUUCAACAACUGUUCCUUCUUUUCUUUCAAAUUUUCAAUAUGAUACAAAUCAAUGGUCAGUUAUGACCGCAACAUCACAUGAUACCUAUUAUGAUAUCUGGGCAUUACGUACCUUAUCGGAUUCAGUUAUGAACUAUGAUGUUUGGCAUCGAAUGCUGGAUUUAGAGAUACCUCUGAACAACUAUUGUCAUCAAUCAAUUUUUAAUGGAAUUAUUGGAAUUCAUCAAAAACGUAUUCCGAUUGAACAUGGUUUAAUUGAAGUACGUUCAGCCUUUAAUGGUGCUGGAUUAUAUAAAGUAAAUUCGACAUAUAACUGCAAAUACGAUGGUAGAAGAUUUACUUGUGAACAUGUGUCAUUUCAUUUGUGUAUACGAGAGAAAAAUCAAGCAAGAAUAUUUAUUAAUCCCGAGUUUCAAGUUAGUUAA